AUGAGUAGAUUGUCAAGCCCUAAAAUCGCACGUGAAAUUAUGGAACCACUUUCUCAAGGGAAAACUGAUGCCAACAUCCCACAACACCACUGUCCUCGUCAAGCGACUGAUGCUCUUACACUCGAUCAUAUAUGGAAGGAAAAGGUUCCUGAGGAACCAUUCAAAGAUUUCAUCAAACCCAAUAAGGGUAUUACAAAGAAAAAGGUCCCCGAGUUGGUGAGUUUCAAUAAUGACGACCCAAAGGAAGUGCCCACUGAUGUGCCACCACUGGCAACACAUGUCCCACCCGUACUAGAAGAAGGCCAAGGCGACACAGAAGAGUUCCUCAGUUCCUCAUCCAUCUCGACCAUCGAAAGCAGUGAUGAUACUCCACCCCACUUCUUCACUGAUGAAGAUUUCACGCCAGCACCGAAGCAACCCGAGCAUGAUCCUAUUCCGUCCCCGGUUCAAUCACCACCACCUGUCCCAACAGAAAUUCCUAGUCCACCACCUGUCUCAGCACAACAGACUCCUACGACCGAGCAGUCCACUCCAGCAUAUGCCUCGUCUAGCAAGAAGCGCUACAAGAGAAUAGCAGGACGUAUACUUCAGCCAUCUCCCUCCCCAACAACACAUGGAGAUGCUAAGGUGGAAUCAAUGUUUCAAGAAAUUAUUCCCCACGGUCAACGAAAUUUCCCUGGCUUUCCAGACGAAAUUCUAUCGGCAUUUAAUGCCGAGGCAUCUCCAGAGCCCAAACAAGAUGCAGCCGAUCCUGGAUCCGAUUCCUACUCCGUACCAUUCCGAAACUCCUGA